UUGCCUUGUGCUGCGGAGCGCGGGAACCAUGUUUGUCGCCCGUGAGAUUCCUGCUGAACACAAAGAUUUGAUUCAUGAUGUAUCUUAUGAUUAUCAUGGAAGACGAAUGGCCACCUGUUCCAGUGACCAAAGUGUAAAGGUGAAAAUUUGACAUUACACAACUCUUGACAGGUUCAGUGAUGCUCUCGAGAAACCAUCUACAUGGCCAGCUAUAUUACUAACAGUACAAAAAUGAAAGUCCCAGGUCCAAGACUAUGACUAAGUUUGAGUCCCAGUAACACAGUGGUGUCACCCGUGUUCUGGGUAAAUCAGUAGUGAAAUGCAGAGGUUUCAAUAAGCACAGACAAAACACGUCAACUACUUUGGUUAGAGAAGGAACUGGAUUAUCAGUCUUCUAGGGUACAUGUACCUGGCAUCUGAAGAGGGAAUGACUAGUUCUUUUAGUCCGGAUACCCCGGAUUCCAAGUGACAGGGAUGACUGAAGGAUUUUUUUUGGGUUUGAAAUUUCCGAUUUCAGGAUUUUUGUCGGGAAGAAAAAUUUUGGCAAGUAUUUUUUUGGGUGGCUUGAUUUAAGUAGGGAAUUUUUUGGGUGUUCAAAACAAUCUAGGGGUGGCGAAUGGUACCUUGAAAAACGUGGGUCUCGGAAAAUUUUGGCAGGAUCUCGAAAUGUCGGAAAUGUUUUUGAUAAGUCUCGGAGUAUCGUUUUUUUCAUGGUUUGUUUUUACUUUUUUUGAGUCUCGAAACUUUUCACCAAGGAGUCUCGGGCUCGGAUUUCUAACUAGGAUCUCUGCGUCUCGGCGAGUCUCGGAUUUUACCAUUCGCCACCCCUCAAUCUGAAGAUUUGUGAUAGUUCCCGUGUAUGCGGGCAUGUAGUUCUGUGAAUAAAGUGACUGUUUGACAUUGCAUAGUAGUUUUUUGGGGGGUCAAAUUUUGGUCCAGGGUUUUUUUUAUUUUGUUUGAAGCCCUAGGGAUUUUUUGGAGUUUGAUUAUUUCCCCCAUUUGAUCAUCCCUGUCACUUGAAAUCCAGAGUACCCCCCUGGGCUUUUAGUCCCUUCCAUAAAUUUUUGUUGAUUGCCAAAGGCAUUGACUUUUUUUAAUUCGUUAAAAUUUUGCAAGAUCUCUAAAACUGUUGCUGCCAAUGUACAUACAUGUAGGUAUGGGAUCUUGGAGAAGAUGGACAGUGGCACUGCACAGCUAGUUGGAAGGUAUCUAUAGUUUCCAGUUCUUUGAUACGGUAAAGAAACAGUUAAACUGUAUUCUUAGCAAUGAUUAUAACUUUCUUAUUAUGUAGCAAAUUAUUGUUUCUUCUGCUUAGUUGUCUGAAUGUGUCAGAGCUUUUUAUAUUGGUACUAUAAUUUCAAGGAUAUCAAUUACAUGUACAAGACAAGUGUUAUGUGAGGUACAUUUCAUGUGAAUACUUUUCUUUGCCAUUGUUCAGACACAUUCAGGCUCAGUGUGGAAAGUUACUUGGGCUCACCCUGAGUUUGGUCAGGUGCUUGCAUCUUGUUCUUUUGAUAGAACAGCUGCUGUGUGGGAAGAACAAGGUAAGGGCUCAAAAAAUAUCAACAGAGUAUUCUCUCUUUCUGGAAAGUAGGUAUUAGUAUAGGUAAUAGCAUGAUUUGUAGUGAUAUUAGGAAUAAAUUCCACAAGUGAUAUUUCGAAAUUGUUAUACAUAAUUUCACAAGCCAUUAGGCGAGUGAAAUUUGAGACAAUUUUGAAAUAUCACGAGUGGUAUUUAUACCAAAUAUCACGUACAAAUUAUGCUAUUAUUUGUUUAUACUACUACCCGCAAAAGGUUUGUUAUUUUCACAUGUAGGUAUUUCAAAUUAAGCUGAAAUACCACUACUCUAAGCCAAUCAAAUUGCAGAAAUUUUUCAUGUAGUAGUAUAAUACAAUAAACACCAGCAGACAAGUGAUAUUCAGUAAUAAGCUAAUAAAAUAGUGAUGUUUUAUGUAUGUGUUCCAGAAACAAAAUUAAACUUGGGCAUUUGAUUAAUAAUUAAUUUAUAUAUAAUAGUAAUCAUCAUCAUCAUAAUCAUAAUCAUAAUAAUCAUAAUAAUUGAAAAAAUUAUUACAUGUAAUUAUUUAAAUAAAUAUAAUCAAAUGCCUAAUUUAAUUAUUACUUUGGUUAAACACAUUGAAAGGCAAUCCUGUAAUGUAAUUGCAACUCAAAGCAACACCUGUAUGAUGGGGGUUUUGUGACAGUUAAAUAUGCUGGCAAGUUCAUUAGGAAGGCAUCUUGACCUUGGUAUUUUUAGUAUAAUAAUAUCAUUGAUCAGGUGAUUAUAGGGAUAUGUGCAUUCUGAUUUUAAUAUUGAUGUAGAGUUGUUAUCCUUCCACCAUAAGUACGACCAACUCGGUUGAUCAAAAUUAAUUGGAGGUACUUUUAAUGUGUGGCAUGUCAUUUUCCAGCCAGUAGUAUUUCACUUUGGGGAGUGGAAAUGGAAAUCCUUUAGUGAUCGCUGCAAGCUCUUCUUUUUUCCCUCUUUUCAUGGUUUCACCACUCACCUACAUGUAUGUGUUCUCUUUGCCUCUUGAACUUAACCAUAGGCUAUGGAUGAAUAUGAAGGGAUGAUAUGCAAGGAUGAAUAUAAAUUUUUCCAGGCUGUAGGAGUAUUCUUUCGUAUCAUGUCAACAACUAAACUGCAAAAGGUUAAAUCUAUUUAAAAUUUGUUUUAGUUGUAGGUACUGGUGAUGGUAUAUCACAUGGUCAGAGUCACUGGGUAAGCUAACUUUCAUGUUGUUUACAUGUUGACCACACCCCAGUCAUUAGUAAUUUUAUAACUCUUGCUUAGGACCCAUGUAUAUUUGUUAUGCACAAUUUGGAUGAUUAUUUUGAAGGUAAAAAGAACAUCUUUGGUGGACAGCAGGACCUCUGUGACAGAUGUCAAAUUUGCCCCAAAACAUUUAGGACUGCAACUGGUAGGAAAAUUGUAUCUGACUUAUGAACAAUUUUGUCAGGUUUUGUGUAUGAGGUUUUGUGUAUGCUAUGUUGCAUGAAACUGAAAAUGUGUUAUGUAGUUGAAAUAAUUAGUUUCAUUUGAUUUGAAAUUGUAAGCACUUAGAAUUUAUUAAGAAAUCAUUUAAUGGUCCAUGGAUUGUGGAUCAAAAAUUGGAAUUUGGAAAUGUUGGUUUUGAGGUGAGGGAUAAAACAGAGUACUUGGAAAAAACCUCUCAGAGCAAAGAAGGAACCAAUACCAAAGUAAACCCACAUACAGCAUCAAUGCAGUGAUGUUACAUGUCAAAAUUAAAUUCAGGUUAAAGUUUUUUUUAACCUAGGUUGUUCCCUAUUUCCUUUGUCUCCUAGCCCUAAUACAUGAAUUCACAGGGCUAGGAGACAAAAGCAAACCGAGAAUCAACCUGGGUUAAAAAAUUUCAAUCUGAAUUUAAUUUUGACCUGUAACAGGGAUUUCAGCAUAGGCCAGAUUGGUGGGAGGUGAGUGCUCUCAUUACUGUGCCAUCCUUAACUUGCUCCCCGACAACGAGCCAAAUUUAAUGUUUACGUGAAAAAUAUUAACAAAGCUGCUUUCUUUUAAUUUGCUAUGAUUUUGAAGCCAGCAACCAGUAUUGUAGUAUUCAAAUGAUACAAAUUAUGUUCACCUCCACCAAAUUGUACAAGAGGCAUUGAGUGGAAUUUUUUAUUUUAUUUUUCAGGCUACAUGUUCAAAGGAUGGAACAGUAAGAAUUUAUGAAGCACCAGAUAUUAUGAACUUAAGUCAGUGGCAGUUGCAGGUCUGUUUUCCAUACAACAUUUUCCUUGCUUUGUAUUUGUAUUUGUAUUUUUUAUUUCUUGUUUACUCCAUUUUAUAAAAAAUAAUACAUCAGUUGUACAAUUUCAAUUAAUGCAAGGUGUUUCAACAUCGCUUUAUUGCUAUAUAUAUUUUUUUCAUUUUAGAAUGAAAUCCAACACAAACUGAGCUGUAGCUGUGUGUCAUGGAACUUAUCAAGGUAUAAAGAAACAGUUUCUGUAAGGUCACCCACCUUUGUGAGGCUGCAUUACUGUAUGACUUAAACGUUUUUUAUCCAUGAUGUAGACAAAAGAAAUGUACCAAUAUAUAAUUAUUUGAAUUUAUUUUGUACAUCACUAAAUUUUGCACACUCAUUUAUUCAGACCAUUUCCACAAGAAAAAGUCUAGACUCUUUCCAAUACUGUAAAAUAGAAGUUGUUAGACUGACCUUCCACAAUUAGCUUAGCCACCUGCAGGUCAGUACAAUAAUUGUAAAUAAUUGUAUCAUUACAUAAACAAUAAACAUGGAACUUAGAUCGUAGAUCUCUAUCUUACUUAUUGCUGUUCUUUGUAUUUAAGGAUGCAUGCCCCAAUGCUUGCUGUUGGAAGCAAUGAUUCUAACCCAAGUGCAGGAGGGAAAGUUCAAAUACAUGAAUAUGACGAAGCCAACAGGUAGAUACGUGUACAAGCGUAUUGUAUGUCUUUUCACUCAGUUAAGUGCCAAGCAUGUUGGUGAAGGUUUGAUUAUUAUCCAAGGGACUUAAAUCUAUAUUUUGAUGACAAUAACGGAAAGGAAACACUGUAAAAAAGAAAUAUUCAAACUCUUUUUGAAAAGAGAACAUAACAUACCAUUAUUUGUUGUUGUCAUUUGUUACAUAUUUUAUAAAAAGUCCAUUUUUCUAAUUAAUUUUAGAAAGUGGCACAGAGUGGAAACUCUUAUGGCAAUCACAGAUGCUGUCAAUGAUGUGGCAUUUGCACCAAAUCUUGGAAGGUGACUUUAGAAAUAUGAUUAUUUUAGUGUCAAAUGAUCAAAACACUCGACAGGGAAUGGGAACAACUCCAAGCAUGUUGCUCAGUACUCAACCACAGCAGAACUCGCAAUAUAAGUUGUGCUUGGCUACAUGCUGGUAAAUGACUUUCUUGUUCUUCUUUAAGCUUUAUAAAUCAGACAUUCACUUCUUUGCAUUUCCUAUGUGGCUGUCAGUGAAAAUAGGUCCCUUCUAGAUUGCAACUAAGAAGCUUUAAAAGUUCGCUGUAAAAAAGGUUUAUGCCAUCAUUAAAAUUGAAAAAAAUCAAAAAGGAAUGGGCAUAACAUUUUUUCCCUAGUCAAGGUGGAUAAACCUGAGCUCUAAAUCAUUAUAAAAUUUUCAUAUGGUAAAUGGCUUUAACUUAAGUGAAUAAUUUAUUGAUAAUCCCUUAAUAUAUAUUUAUAAUUAUACAUUUCCAGUGCUCAUAACCAGUUUGUCAUGUAUUGCAUUGUAUACACAAUUCAUUUAUCUCAUAAUUUGACAUGAUUUUUUACCAUAGGUCUUAUCAUCUCUUGGCUAUUGCUUCUAAAGAUGUUCGUAUAAUGAUGCUCAAGCCAUAUGGGUAAGACUGAGUUAUAGUUACAUUUCAUACAGUGCCAUCUAAGUUUGAAAUUUAUUGUAAAAAAUGUGUUAUACCAUAUUACACAAAAUGCACUAACUCAAAGCAGUUUAUCUUAUGCUUUUUUGAGACAAGCAUUGCGGUAGGCUUCAUUAACAGGCUUAUUUUGUUCAGCAAAAUGCUUACCAAAAUAAUGUACCAUUAAUUACCUUGGUUUAACCAGAUGAUUAAUAUUGUUAAGACCCUAUCAUGCAAUCAUUAUUUCCCACAUUAAUUUCUCAAAAAGUAAACGAUACAAAUGUAUUCUUAAACCUUUUACUCGGUAGAAAUAUAAUUAAAUGUUAUUCUUUUUUCUUGUUUGGAAUGUAAUAGAGACCAGGGAAGUGGUGCAGGAGGAAAGUUAUCUAAACUUGACAUCAGCCUGGCAGCACAGUUCAGUGACCAUGAAUCACAGGUUAGAAACAUAGUUUAUUUCUUCAGUUAAAUAAAUAAGCCCCUCUUUUCAACAGCCACUUUGAGGAUAAACUUUAAGGUACAGUAUUAAAGUGGCUUUUGUAGACAGAUGGUCUACAUGGGAAGUAGGGGCUUAGCUAGUGUAACACCAUUCUUUGAAAGGUAGAACAAAUUUUAAUUUUUUAAUGCUUUUAUAAUGCUUUUCAUUGAAUUUUUGGUGGAAUAUGUAUUAAUUGAACAAACAACUACAAGUGUCUGUCUUGCCUGUGCUGUCUCUCUUUUUCACAUCUCUCUUCCCCUUUCCACCUAGAAAUGCCUGAUAUUUAGGCUAUUCUCCCACCAAAAAAUAAACCAGUUUGCUUUCUUCAAAAAAAACCCAGAAUUUUCUUUUCAGUGUGACUCAUACUAAGGUUUGCUAUUAAAAAAAAGUAUGAUUGUGAAACUUAAUUAAUAAGGAAUGUUUUUGAGCAACUUGUUAUUUCCGGCAAAGAUGUCACUUGCACCCUGGACCUUUGUGCCAUCACAAUGACCGAGGUGAUUUUUGUUUCAGGUUUGGAGGGUUGAGUGGAAUGUAACAGGUACCAUUUUAGCUUCAUCUGGGGAUGAUGGAUGUGUGAGACUGUGGAAAGGUACAACAUGAAUGAACAACAACUUGAAUAAGAGUUACCACUAGUUUGUCAAAAUGAAAGAAAAGUUAUCUCAAGGAAUGAACUUUUAACAGGGUUGUCAGAAAGUUUUGAAGUAGACGGCUGAGUUGUCAAAGUAACCAGCCAGUCCUGGGAUAUCUUAUUUAAAAAAUGCCAUUCAUAAAGAAAUGCUAAGCAGAGAAGCCAGCUGAUACUAACCAAGUAGGAGGCGAUUUUCGUCAGCAGCCGGCUACUUUUGACAACCGUGCUAUUAAAGUUACCAUUAACAAGUUUGGAAUUCAAGUUUUAGGUUGAUAUCAUGAGGGUUAAUCCUCUGUUAUCUGUCUGGGAGACAUAGGUGCUACUACUAUUAUCUCCGCCCGCCUCAACUAGCACCUGCUAUUUGUGGGCAGAAAAAUUAUGGACUUUAUGUAAAUGUAGAUUGUUAAUAAUUAUAAUAAAGUGUGUGUGAAAGUGUGUGUGUAGUGGAAUAUGUACUGUUUAAAAGACAAGCAGGAGUGUAUUCGCCUCAAGAUUUUAAACCUGAGAAUACAAGACUACAAGUUUUCUGAAUGGCUUCAAAAUCUUUGAUAUCGAUCAAAUCAUCCUUGAACUAAUAUAUUUAGAUUUGGGGUCAUUUUGGUCUUAAAAAUUGGAUUUAAAGAUUAGCCAUGUCUUUAUCAGACACUCAAUAAACUUAAAAUUUCUUUUGUUUUUCUUUAUGGAUUAUAAAAUGAGUUUUUGAAUGACAUAUGGUUUGACCAUCUAUGAAAAACAUACAUUUUCAACAUUACACUCACUGGUCGCAAAAUUAGAUUUUGUAGUUACGUGCAUUGGCAUUUUCAAGAAAUACAUACACAGAAAUAUGAAUUAAGCUUAAAUUCAUUAGAUUUUUUGUCAUUCAAAGGUGCAAUCUUUUUUUCUUAGCCAACUACCUCGACAACUGGAAGUGUAUUGCUGUAUUGCGUGGUGAUGGCACACCAGGGUCAAUGAAUGGACCAAGUAUGAGUGGAAAAGAUCCAAAAACAGCUGCACUAUCAGCCGGUUUCACCACACAAAGAAUGUGGUACUCUUGAUAUUACAGUACCAUGUAACUCUGGGUAAUCAACCCUAUGCAUUGAUCAAGUAAUAAAGAACAAAUUCAGCAGUGGUACUUCACAAGGAACAGAGACUGACAUAGUACUCUGGUAUAAUUUUUAUAGUGGUUAGAACUGUCAAACCUCAACAUUCUUGACACUAAAAUUAAUGUCAAAAAAGAUUCAUUUGAAUUCAUCUCAUGUACUUUAUAGCCAAGGCUGCUUUGUGUAAAUUUUCACCUUGAGAUAAAUGUUGGAUCAGAGGAAUAUAUAUAACUUGUUACCAGGGGUUUCAAUAAAAAUUGAAGUAGCCAGCAGGUUUGAAUAGAGUAACCGACUGUAUCAACAAGGGGCCAGUAGUUCACUGUUACUAAGUUAUGUACAUUUUUGUGUGAACAAAUGCUAUUUUUGUCCAUGACAUUAUUCAAACUAGUUACUUCUUCUUUUUGGGAAAAAAGUAGCCGACUUCUCUAAGCAAAGUAGCUGAUGCAUUUCAUCAGUUGUCGGUGAUUAGUGAAACCCCUGUGUUAAUUACUUUUGUUAAUGAACAAUAAUUCAAGGUACAAGGUCAGUUAGGAGUUAGUAAUACCUAAAGGAAUUGACAAAAUUUGUUUACUCAGAAGUUGGAUCAAAAAAGGAAGAUUUCUGUAGGUAAGGGCUUAGGGGAGUAGGUUGGUGGUGGUUCCUUUUUUUUGUGCUUGUGCACAGCAUGUAUUACACCCAUAUUCCCAUCAUCAGUUUGUAUCUGAGGUGAAAUUAGUCUCCCACAAUCAAAUUCCUUGAUCUGCCCCUGUUGCUGAGAGCUUACGAAGCACAAGUUAUCACUUUAAAUAUUUCCUACAUUGUUUAAGAAGUUGGUUUAUUGCUAGUAACCAAACAUAACUAAUCGAUGACAUCAAUGACAUCAGUGAAAUCAAUGAGUAAUCAAUAGGUAAUCGAUAGGUAAUCAGUUGAUUAGUCAUUGGUUAUUGCCGAUGAUCAAUGAGUAAUCGAUGACUAAUCGAUAGGCCACAAAAUUUUUGGUCAUCGAUUAGUCAUUGAUUGCAUUGUUUAGUCAUUGAUUUCAUCCAUUACUCAUCGAUAAUUAUCAUCUCGUGGCUGCAAACAUAUUUGGCGAAGAAAAACAAAAUUUAAAAAACUUAAAUGUAAACAGAUGUUUCCCAGUUUAUUCUUUUCAGCUUAAGUAGUACAUGGAAAUUAAAGUUCAGAAGGUUCUCCAGUAUCUCUUUGCCGUUUGUUGUUGAACCAUACCUUGACGGUUGCCACGUCAAGGUUGUUCAGUUUUGCAAAUUCUUCAAUAACUCCGUGCGAUGGAUACUUGCUGUCUUUGUACAAGGCUUCAAGGGUCAUUUUCUGCAAAUGUGCAAAUUUCGUCCUCCUAUUUGCGAUUGAUGAAGCAGCUCGUUUCCUUUUUCCUGUAAAGCAGGAUCUUCAGGAUCUCCAGAUACAAGGAAAAAUGCGUCUAACACAGAUAAAAGAAUCACAAACGAAAAAAAAUGGUACAAGAAAGCAAGAAAAGUGUCUUUCGUGCGUAGUAUAAAAGAUGAUGAGUAAUCGAUGGGUCAUCGAUGAGUAAUCAAUUACAUCAAUGAGUAAUCGAUGUCAUCGACGAGUAAUCGAUAGGCCACAAAAUUUUUGGGCUUCGAUUACUCAUUGAUCAUUGCCAAUAAUCAAUGACUAAUCAACUGAUUACUCAUCGAUUACUCAUUGAUUACCAAUUGAUGUCAUUGAUCAUCAAUUAGUUAUGUCUGGUAGUAAUAACCAAUGGUUAGGACGUGUCAGUGAGAUCCUUGCAAGGUGUUUCAGGUUCUUUAU